AUGUCAUGGGACCUGUACAAAGUUGCGAGCGGACUCGAUCAAAAGGAUGAGAAGAUUCAAGUCGCUACGUUGCUCCACGUGCUUGGCAAGGAAUGUGUGGAAAUUUUUUCAAUUUUUGUGUGGGAUUCCGAGGAUGAUCGGGAUAAAAUUGAGGCCGUCGAGGGAAAGUUCAAAGCUCAUUGUGCACCACUGACCUCGAGGCACUUCAAUCGUUACUUGUCUAUCGAACCGAAACAGCAAGACGGAGAGACAGUCGAUGAAUUCUGUAGCGCACUGAAAACACUAGCUAAGAACAGCGACCUCGGUGAUAAAGAAGAAUCUUGGAUUACAUCCAUGUUAGUCCUGGGGCUUAAGGAUCCGUCUUCCAAAGAAAGGUUGAUGGAGAGAGAACAGAGUUUAGAGAAAACAUUGCAAGCAGCUCGCAUCGCCGAAACAAGCAAGCAGCACAUGAAGAGCAUAAAAGAAGAGGGUAGCAAAGUUGAGAAAGUGGAUGUAGUAGACGGCAAAGGACAG